AUGUUACACAAUGGACUUGCCAUGCCAAUUGUCGGAUUGGGCACUUGGGAAGUUAAUAAAUCACCAGAAUGUGAAGAAGUAAUUGAACAUGCUAUUGAUAUUGGAUAUCUUCAUAUUGAUACUGCUUUUAUUUAUUAUAAUGAGAAAUUAAUAGGAACUAAAUUACAGGAAAUUUACGGAAAAACCAAUAUUAAAAGAGAGAAUUUAUUUAUUACUAGUAAAUUACCUCCAACAAAGGUACAUUCCGAAGAAAUGAUUAGAGAAACAUUUUUCCAAUCCCUGAGUGAUUUGCAAACUGAUUAUGUGGAUUGUUAUUUAAUUCACUGGCCUGGAACAAGUAAAUUAAAGGUUAACAGCGAUCAAAAUAGGAUUAAUAGAUUGGCAACAUGGCGCGCUUUGGAAAAUUUGUACAGGGAAGGAAAGGCAAAAUCUAUUGGUGUCAGUAAUUUUACAUUGAAACAUAUGAAUGAAUUAUUGGAGGAUAUCAAGUCUAGAGAUAAUGGCAUAAUUCCACACGUAAAUCAGAUUGAAUAUCACCCAUUGCUUUACAAAACUCAUAAGGAAUUGGAAAAAUUAUGCAAGGAAAACAACAUUGUCAUUCAAGCUUAUUCUCCACUUGCUCAUGGUGAAUUAAUGACAGGAAAAUAUGGUGAAGUCACUUCUAGAGAAUGUUUGCAAUGGAUUUUACAGAAGGGACAUGUCAUUUUGCCAAGAAGUGUCAAGAGAAAUCACAUGGAAGAUAAUUUCAAGGCAGUUACAGACUUUGCAGCUGGUAUCAUUGAUGACCAAACCAGAUUGAGUAGAUUGGACUCUUUAGUUUCUGAUGAAGUUAGAGUUUGUUGGGAUCCUGAACAAAUUGCUUAAAACACUUAUUUAUUUCUC